ACCGGGGCUUGCAAGACUGCCCUGUGCAGGGCAAGAGGGGAUGGGCAGGACGCAGUCCUGGGCAGGGCGGAAGCUCAGCACCCCAUCAGCAGCCCUGUAGGUGCCAGCCCUGGGUCUGCCUGGCUGGCACCUGACCAUGGAGCCCUGGGGAGGGGGCAUCUCCCUGACCGCAGCCAGCCCCGGUGACCCCGCUGCAGCUCAGAGCUUCAUGAAGAGGCCACAGAGUGACAUGAAGAUGACUCGGGGCACAGGGUCUACUGUCCUGCACAGCACUCGGCUUAGGGACAGGGCUGGGAAGUGUCACAUUCUCCAGCAUCUGGGUCAGGGGCUGGAAUGGGGGACAGAGCCCAUGGGCAGGGCCUGGUAGGAGCCCCUGCAGGUACGGAUGGGGGAAGAAGACUUGGCUGCCCUGCCAUGCUGGGAGUGCGGGGCGGCAGUGCCCAGGCUUUCGUACUGGCCCCAGCCCCCAGCGCAGGAACCCAGUCCACCUUAAUAUCCUCCACGUGACGCCAUCUGUGAGGGAGACGUCAGCAGGGCAGGGCUGUGCCGGGAUCCUUAAAAAGCAGCAGCCUCAAGGGGCUAGAGAGGCAGUAGAGAUGGAGCUGUACCAGGUGCGAGCCAGGGACCUGGAUGCCUGGAUUGCAGACAACCUGCAGCCCAGCGAGGAGUUCCAGCAGCAGGUGAAGGAUACGGUCCGGAGGAUCUGUGACUUCCUGAAGGAGCAGUGCUUUGAAGACAUCAAGGUGGACAAGACAGUGAAGGGCGGCUCUGCAGGGAAGGGGACAGCCUUGAAGAAUAAUUCGGACGCGGAUCUGGUCCUUUUCCUCAACUGCUUCACCAGCUACCAGGACCAGGUGGAGAAACGUGCAUCCGUGAUCAGCACCAUCGAGAACCAGCUGAAUCGGUGCCGACAAUCACUCGCCUUCAACAUCGACAUUGAAGUCUCUCAGCCAAAAGGAAAGAGCACCCCUCCGCGCUCACUCUGCGUCACCAUCCAGUCGAAGAAGCGGCGGGAGUCCAUUGAGGUGGACGUGCUCCCAGCCUACAACGCCCUAGGGCAUGUGACUCCUGGCUGCAGACCCCCUCCCCAGGUCUAUGUGGACCUGAUCCAGGCUGGAUAUGGCCCCAGCACGUUCUCCACCACCUUCACUGAGCUGCAGAAGAACUUUGUGAAGCGCCGCCCGGCCAAGCUCAAGAACCUGCUGCGUCUCAUCAAGCACUGGUACAAGAAGUACCUGCUCGAGAGCUACACCCUGUCAGUCCUUCCCACCAAGUAUGCCCUAGAGCUGCUGACCAUCUACGCCUGGGAGAGUGGCACCGAAAGAGCAGAGAGGUUCAGCACGGCCGAGGGCUUCUGCACUGUCAUGGAGCUGUUGUGCCGGUACCAAGAGCUCUGUGUCUACUGGACCGAGUUCUACGACUUCCAGCACCCCGUGGUGGGGGCCCACAUCAAGCAACAGCUGAGGAACCAGCGCCCUGUGAUCCUGGAUCCGGCCGAUCCAACGGGACUCCUAGGGCAGGGAAAGAAGUGGGAGCUGGUGGCAAGAGAAGCCUCCAAAUGCCGGAGCCAGCUGUGCUUCCAGAAUGGCACCACGCCCAUCCAGCCCUGGCCUGUACAGCCGGCCAGACCAGUGCAGGUGAGAGUGAAGCAGCUCUCAGGGUCCUGGCUGGACCUGACGCGGAGUCCCAGCACCACCAUCCAGCAGAUCAAGGGGGAGAUUGAGCGCUUGUGGCACAUCCCUCCCUACCAGCAGCGCCUGGCCCUGCAGGACACUGACCUAGACAGCCAGAAGGUCCUGGAUGAUAAUGGCACCUUGGCAUCACACGGCAUCUUCUAUGAUGUCACGAUCCUGCUUCUCCAAACCCAGCCUCAGGAAAUGGAGAUCUUCGUGAAGGGCCAUGAUGGCAGGACCUACACCUUUGGCGCCCGGCCUACAGACACCGUGCAGAACCUGAAGGCCAAAAUCCAGGCCAAGCUGAAAGUCCCUGUGGACCAGCAGCGCCUCACGCACAAUUCCCAGGAGCUGGAAGAUCGCCACCCGCUCACUUACUAUCACAUCGAGAACCACAGCACCAUCUACCUGCUCUUGCGUCUCCGCGGUGGGUGCAGAUCUCCCAGAGCCCUCAGCCCCCCUCUUGCCACAGUGCUGUAGACUGGUAGCUGACUGUGGCCCAUGGUGAGGACAUGGCUUGCAGGAGAUGCCCCAAUCUCCAGGGGAAUUCUAUCGCAUGCCACCUUUCACGGCUUUCCUAAGGCAGUUCAUGCUCCUGUAGUCUCCCUAUCCUCCCACAGGGCUCAGUCCACUCUGGGCACCAUCUCCAGUGCCUCCCUACAUCCCUCUUGGCACCUGGGUGACCCAGUUUGAACUGUGUUUUGGGAGCCCCCAGGACCAAGGGUCAUGCAGGACAAGGAAGAUGUUUAGGCUCACUGCUCAUACUGGGAUGACCCUGCUGCAGGCUGCGAAGUCCCUCAAGAACCCAGGCCUGGCCCUAGUCCCCUGGGCUCAUGACCCUGGGAUUUGGGAUGGAGCUGCCAGGCUCUUGGGGCUAGAGAUUGUGAGAGAUGUCUGAGGAGCACGCAGCUGGUCGAAAGACCCAGAGCCCCCAUCAUUGCUGAUCGGUCCUGGAACAGCAGCACUUGUCUCUGUGAAGUGGCUUUUACAACAGUGUCCCCAGCUCCAUGCCUGGGUGACCUUCUCUGUGACCGGCCCCCAUCCCCUGUCUGCUGCUUGUAACCUAAAAUAAAGAGGUCUGAGGU